UCACGUGACCUCCACUAGAGUUAUUAUUUAUUUUAUUACUCUUCACCUCCCCCCACCUUCCCGUGACGCCAUUUAACUCUCGACUGAUUUCAGGAGAGGAGUUGUUUCGGUAUUGUCGAGGCGAUUUGUUUCAAGUGGAAGGGCAAUAAUUGGAGUUUAACGGCGCCGGAGGCCUCGGGCUUUAGGAUGCUGGAACGGGCGGUGGGAGGGCGAGUGCUGCGGACUUAGAGUGAGAGCGACACUGAGGCCUGCCUACGGCUUCCUUCAGGCCUGAUCCCUUCACCCCACUGUUGUCUUUCCCGGCUUAUUCCACUGCCCCGACCAUGCCUUUCUUCGCCAACAACCCUUUCGAGCAAGAUGUCGAAAAAGCCACAAAUGAGCAUAACACUAGUGAAGACUGGACUCUCAUCAUGGAUAUCUGUGAUCGCGUUGGAACAACACCAAAUGGGCCAAAAGAUUGUCUGAAGGCAAUUAUGAAGAGAAUAAAUCACAAAAAUCCACAUGUGGCAAUGAAGGCUUUAACAUUAUUAGGAGCCUGUGUCUCAAACUGUGGGAAGAUUUUCCACCUAGAAAUAUGUUCUCGGGACUUCACAAGUGAGGUUGGAAAUUUAUUAGGCACGUAUACUAAGGCUCAUCCAAAAGUUUGUGAGAAACUGAAGGCAUUAAUGGUGGAAUGGGUGGAGGAGUUUAACAAGGAUCCCCAGCUUAGUCUUAUUGCUGCUACUGUCAAAGCACUUAAAGAAGAUGGUAUCCCUUUUCCUACAGCCAGCUGUCAGCAGAACCAGAGUACUGCAAAUUCUUCAAAAAACGGCAGCACAUCAAUAAGUAGAACUACCGAAGAUACAGAUCUAGCUAAAGCUAUUGAAAUUUCUUUACAAGAACAGAAGCAGCAACAAACGGAGACAAAAUCUUUCUAUCCAUCUGUAGAUGGCGCUGUGAACUGCCACAGGACUGAGAUGCGCAUGGUCCGUGCUCUCUAUGACUUUGAGGCUGUUGAAGAUAACGAGCUUACUUUUAAAGCUGGGGAAAUAAUCACUAUAUUAGAUGACAGUGACCCCAAUUGGUGGAAAGGAGAGACCAAAAAAGGUGUUGGGCUUUUUCCUUCAAAUUUUGUAUCAACCAGUCUGAACACAGAACCUGAGCCAGAGAAAGUUGUGGUACCAGAGGAGACAACUGUACAAGAUGUUCAGUCUUCUGAGCCUGAGCCAGUUUAUAUAGAUGAGGACAAGAUGGACCAGGUAUUGCAGAUGCUUCAGAAUGCAAUACCAACGGAUCAGCAACCCGACUCAGCAGAGCUACUCCACUUAGAAGAUGUCUGUCAACAAAUGGGACCAAUCAUUGAUGAAAAGCUGGAAGAAAUAGACAGGAAGCACUCAGAGCUGUCGGAGCUGAACUUGAAAGUCUUAGAGGCCCUGGAGCUGUACAACAAAUUGAUGAAUGAUGUGCCUCUGUACUCUUCUAUAUACCCCAAGCCUCAGACCCAGUCACAAGCUCAGGGUUUCUACACACAACAGUCGGGCUCUGUCCCAAUGCAGGUGUAUCGAGGACAGUCUCCGAGUGCAGCCUACAUGGCAGCAGGCAUCUCCCAGGUAGCGGCAAGCCAGGGCUACAGUGUAGGACCAGAUCAGAUUGGUGCGCUGAGAUCUCUGCCCCCCAAUGCAAACCAGAGCAGUCAGGCUCCCUAUAUAAGCACUGGAGCACCACCAACGUACAUGAACCAAGCAGCAAGUCUCCAGGUGACAAGUGGACCUGCCACCCCGUACACAGCUCAAGUAGGAUUGAGCAGCGACAUGUCUGCCUAUCAGAACACUACAGUCAGUGCAUCUUUGGCUGCAGGCUACCCCAUGACGUCCCAGGCUCAGCCUCUCCCCCAGCAGCAUUCUAACUACUUCCAGCAGCCACUGCUUUGAAGCCUGUCUCUGGGUCGCUGGGUGCACAUCUCCAGGCUGUUGUACUGGUUUCUGUGUUAUUGUGCUGGUACUGACCUGUUUAAUGUGCACUGUGCUGUUGCAUAAGCGUUACAUUUGAGAUUUCCUUUCGCCAACUUUUACUCCUCCCAAGGGCAUUUGUAGUGGGCUAAUUUUCUUUUUAAUGAAAUGGGUGUAAAUUUCUUUUCUAGUUUUUUAAGUGGUCUUUCCCACUCUCAGACCUGGUGUACCAUUAAGUUGUUUUGCUCAUGGCCCCACUGAGAACUCAGCUGUUCCAGCAGAUUGUCCUUGCUGAAUGUGUGGGACUGACAUACCAACAUUCCCUUCCCACCCUCUCAUUGCAACUGCAAGACAUGACCCUCAAGAUUCACCCUGGCUUAGUUGUUAUGUGCUCAUGGAACAGUGAAAGGUGUAAAUCCAACUAGAGUGUAGGAAGGGACUGUGGAGUGCAGCUGGGACUGGUUACUAUUAGCUACAGAGUUUUAAGCUAGAGAGCAAGGUUGUUGAGAAAGAGCACGUUAGAACAGACUGACUUUGUCAGGAGCAUCAGAAUUACAGGUGUGGAUUAGUUUUUAAACUGAAUACCAACUCAGUGAUGUGACUAUUGGCAAUCUGGGUAAGUAAGGACUUGGAUUGUACUCUCUAUACUGCUAGCUCCCCGUAUUCCAUUCUGAUCUGGAUUGUGGGAGACUUGAGUUUUAUGCCCAAUCUUUUCCAUUUGUUCUCAAUCUUGACCAGGCAGAGGUAGGUUCUGAAACUCAACCGCAGUGUGUGACAUUGCACUUGCUGCUUUGUCAUAAUGAAUGAUGAGUAGAUCGGGCAGACAAUGAACGAUGAGCUGAUCGAGAUUGGGCAGACAAUGAACGAUGAGCUGAUGAGAUUGGGCAGACAACAGACUGAGCAUAAAACUCGCCCUGAAAGUAGACCCCUGAAGUUACCCAAAAACUGACUUUAAAACAAAAGUUCUUUUAACAGCCAGAAGUAUCAUCGUAAGUCAAUAAUGGGUAAAGAAUUGAGUAAAGCAGUAGUGAUGAAGCAUCAGAUAAUUGUUUCUUGAGCAUGUUCUGCUCUGGGUUCAUGGUCCAGUGGUCAUUUUGUGGUUUACAUUCACAGUUCAGUAGGUGUAUUAUGGUCUCAAUUGCAAUACAUCAAUACUUCCUUUUAUCAACUAUGCUUCAUGGAAAACCUCUCUCAACAGAUCAUUGUGUAGAUCAUAAUUCUAUGCCUGUGACACCCAUGGAAUUGAGUUAAUUAAUUUUUAUAUCAAUCUGUGUGCAUCAGAAAUCUAAAUAAGCACAUAAUCUUUUAUUACCUUGUUUUGUGAUUUAAAAAUUCAUGCUUCUGUCUCUAGAAUUUGGUACUUUGGUUACCUGGACAAAUACAACCCCCCUCCCCUUCUCCAUCACUACUAAAUCCACAGGACACGCGGUUUCCCUGAAGUAAGUGCUUUGAUCAAGAAUGUGUGUACCUGAAAUGGUCACAUAGCAAUCAUCCCUUUAAUCAUGUUCCUCCGUGGACUUUGCAAGAGUCUACAACUGUAUAGGAGUAAGUUUACAGGAGGUUUUGUGGAGCUGAUGAGCAGGAAAGGAAACUAUAAUCUUGGCUUUCAAAAGGGAAAGUAAAACACUUGUGGAUCUGUUUUGCAGGUUCUUGACUGAAAUUGGGCAACUCAAUUCCUAUUAAGCCAGCUUUUGGUACCUUUUUCUCCCUACCCAAAACAUGACCGUUCAGAGUAUGAAUUGCAAACUGAUGUUCUUGGAGAGAAUUUGGAAGUGGUGUAUCAAGGUAAAAAAAAAAGUUCCAGGUCACUUGUGUUUUAAAGUUUCAGUGGUGAGCCCUGUAUGCAAUCAGUUUAAUAGUAAGAAGUGUUCCCAGGAGACAAAGGUGCCCAAGUUAAAGAGGAGCAGAUUAUGUCACUGUCCAGAGGAACCUCUCAAUAGCCAAUACUCCCCAAAGAAGUGGGUCCUUUGCAAAGCUCCUCUGCCACCACUUCCAGAAUACUGGGGUUCAAUGACUUAAGUCUAGUUCCAAGAUCAAACAUUUGAAUGUUUUAAAAACUAAUUGUUAUCCUUUUGACAAUACUGUACCUAGUGUCUCAGCAGGACUUUGUACACUUGUGUCACGCACAAACUGGGCAAGGAUAACUCUUGUACUCUUGGGAGAUUCCCUGGUGCUUGUGAGACCAAUCAAGGCACAUUCCCUUUUCUCUAGUAUCCCACACCCCCCAUUACUCAUCCAUAAAAUAUUUCUUAUGAUAAUAAACAAUUUUUUGCCUGGACACCUCUCCUCAUUUCACCACAUAUUCAUCUGUCCCUUUGUGGCUCGUGUACAUAACAAGUUGUCACUUAAUUCCACUCAUUUUGGUAGCUGCAACUAACAAUAACGAGUUGUACAUACUGCUUCUUUGGCUGUGUAAGUGAUCACAUAUUUAUAGCCUCAGUUUUGGUGUCUCCCAAUGUUUAAAUUAAGCCAUUAGAUUUUUGGGCUAGAAAAAUAUCAUCUGAAGAUUGUCACAAAAAUAGGUUAACACUUUGUCAAACUGUUAUUUUCCCUUCCUUUUAAAUCUGCUUAUUUAUAUUAAGCAACUACUUGCAUUUAAAACCAGCACAAUAAGAUGGAAACCAAUCAAUCUUCCCAAUUAAUUCUAUUAUAAUGUAUGUUGAAGAUUUGUUUAUAGUUGUAUUUUACUUUAUUCCUUCCAAAUAAAGAAAAUAAUCUGCUGGUUUUGGCUGUUUUCCCACUCUUGACAUCUGCUUUUGUGUGUGUGAUGCUCAAUCAUUGUAAUUGGGAGUGUGGAAUUACUCUUUUGUUUAUUUCUAUCUGCACAAGACCCGUAGUUUUAAUUUUAUUCCUUCAGUGAGUGUUGAAAUAUCAUAGAUGCAAGAUGUCAGCAAGAAUGAUGCACACUGGUGGCUUGUACUGACAUUUACUAGGCUUCAACUGCCUUCUAAUUCUUUCAAAUAAUAAAAUAAUUAAUUUUUAUUUAAAUAAAGCCCAUGUGUUUUGCACUUUUUGCAUGUUCCUUGCCAGUUUUAGAGGAGAUUCACUACUCUGCCUCUGUUUUAAGUGACCAGUCCUUUAUCUUCUAAUGUUCUUUUGUUUCUGUCAUUGAAAAUACUUCUAUAAGAUAUUCUUAAAUGAAAUUAGUAUUUCACCAUUAUUCUUAGUAUUCUUGUAUUCUUAGUUGCUCUUGAGAACUAAUUGGUGCUUUUGCCAAUCAACUGUCCAGCUCUUGGCUCCAUCCCUCCCCCUCCUGUCUUCUCCUAUCAUUUUGGGUCUCCCCCUCCCCCUCCCACUUUCAAAUCUCUUGCUAGCUCUUCCUUCAGUUAGUCCUGACGAAGGGUCUCCGCCCGUAACGUCGACUGUACCUCUUUCUCGAGAUGCUGCCUGGCCUGCUGUGU